AUGUCGAUACCUAGUAUUCGUGGCACUUCCUUUGCCCUUCGCGGCGCCUCGCGGCCAAUGGCAGUCUCCGCUACCAUGCGCAAUAUUGCUCGUCGCGCCAACUCGUCCAUUGCGCUCGAGAGCCAACAACAGGAGAAAAACCGCCAGAAGCACUUCAUAAACCUUAUCCCUUCCGAGAACUUCACUUCUCAGGCAGUUCUCGAUGCGCUCGGUAGUGUCAUGCAGAACAAGUACUCCGAGGGCUAUCCCGGUGCCCGUUACUACGGAGGUAACGAAUUCAUCGACCAAUCUGAGCGACUUUGCCAGCAGCGUGCCCUUGAGGCCUUCAGCCUGGAUGCUAGCAAUUGGGGUGUGAAUGUUCAGCCUCUUUCUGGUGCUCCUGCUAAUCUCUACGUCUAUUCGGCUCUUAUGGACACCCACGACCGUCUUAUGGGUCUGGACUUGCCCCAUGGUGGCCACUUAUCCCAUGGCUACCAGACACCCACUAAGAAGAUCUCUUCAGUCUCCAAAUACUUUGAGACUGUUCCUUAUCGCCUAGACGAGAAGACUGGCUUUAUUGACUAUGAGAAGCUUGAGGAGCUUGCUCUCCUCUACCGCCCCAAGAUCAUCGUUGCAGGUGCUAGUGCUUACAGUCGCCUGAUUGAUUACAAGCGCAUUCGCGAGAUUUGCGACAAGAUCAAUGCCUACAUGCUCGCGGACAUGGCUCAUAUUUCAGGCCUCGUCGCCGCCAAGGUCCUUCCUGGCCCCUUCCAGCAUGCUGAUAUUGUCACCACGACUAGCCAUAAGAGUCUGCGCGGUCCUCGUGGCGCUCUCAUUUUUUUCCGCAAGGGUGUCAGACGCCAGAACCCAAAGACCAAGACGGAUGAAAUGUAUAACCUUGAAGGUCCCAUUAACAACUCCGUCUUUCCCGGACAUCAGGGUGGCCCUCAUAACCACACUAUCACUGCCCUCUCCGUCGCUCUGAAGCAGGCUCAGACUCCCGACUUCCACGCCUAUCAGUCUCAGGUCCUUGCCAACGCAAAGGCUUUUGCGAAGCGCCUUGGUGAUGACAAGAGCAAGGGCGGGCUUGGAUAUAGCCUUGUCAGCGGCGGUACUGAUAAUCACCUGGUUUUAGCUGACCUGAAACCCAAUGGUGUUGACGGGGGUCGCGUGGAGCGUAUUCUCGAGCUUGUCGGUAUUGCUGCCAACAAGAACACUGUUCCUGGCGACCGUUCUGCUCUUGUUCCUGGUGGACUGCGCAUGGGUACGCCCGCAAUGACCACCCGUGGAUUUACUGAGAAUGACUUUGUCCGCGUUGCUGACAUCGUUGAUCGUGCUGUCACCAUCGCCGUUCGGCUUGACAAGGUUGUUAGGGCUGCUGCCAAGGAGGCUGGUGAAAAGAGCCCCGGAAAGCUCAAACUCUUCCUCAACCAUGUUGGCAACGGCGACACCGACACCGAGAUUGUUCAGCUCCGCAGCGAAGUUUCUGACUGGGUCGGCACCUAUCCCCUUCCCUGGGACUCCGCCCAGUAA